CGCGGCGGCUAUAUCGGGUCUCAGUCGGUCAUCGCGAUCCGCAGAGUGCAGAAGGCGGCCCCCCAGCACACGCGUCUAGCGAAAAUAUACCAUAUAUACAGUACACCCAUAUCACAGAGCGUUACAAUAAUCGAGAGAAGAGCAGCAAGUCGUCGCGCACAUCAACAACCCGCUCAGGACAAUUUGCGAUCUUCCCCGCUCGAGACGUUAUAGUAGUUUAUAGCACGCGGAGUUAUCCGCAUCUCGUGGUUGAAAGUUUAAAAGAAAGAAAAAGAUCAGAUCUUCACGAUGCCGAGCCACAUGGCGAUGAGACGAGAUCCAGCUCAGAAGCUGCACAAGGUGAAGAAGCGCAAGGAUCAGCAGCAUCCCGUGUCCGACGGACCGGAGAUUCCCGGGGUUCCUUAUGGCAGGAAACUUCUGAGAUCCAUCGAUCUGCUUCGUCGACGCAAGGCCCGACCCGAUCAAAAUCGACUGAUCGGCUUCAUGCUGAGGACCCACAAAAUCGACGGGCCCGACACCAUGAAAACCAUCCGAAAGCUGAUAGAGCUCGAGGAAGUCAUUGAGGUAAAUUAUAAAGGAUCUAUCAGCUAUCGAAACGCCUCCAACUGGUCGAGGCUCCCAUUGUACAAGAAUCGACCCGAGGGAUUCCGCAAGGACAAGAUCAACUCGACGACCGUGUCUCAAGCCUUCUCCGAAUUGGUCCUGGAAGAGCCCGACUACUUGAACACGGGAAUACCUGCUCCAAGGUUAAUCGAUCAUUUAUUGAAUGGUCAUUCAAAUCCAACUACACACCGAAUGGUUGAAGAUUUUUUGAAAAAAGAAGUUUCUGAAGGAAAUUUCAAGAAUUUAUCUAAUGGUAAUUAUUUACUCGUUGGUUCAACAAACAUGAGUGGUGGGUCUGUUACUAUUUCUACUUCUGUACCCGAACCUAUGGAAAUUCUGAACAUUGCAAGAGAUGGCAACUUAUUUGAUGGGUUCUCAUCAAAUGGUUCUCAUAAUGAUAAUGCUGUAUCAGACACAAAUAGUGUUAUGAAGAAAGAAGAUUGUAUUGAAAUUAUUUUGGGAAAAAAUCUAAUGAAUGGAGGAAAAGAUGUUUCAUUUGAAGUUAAUAAUGAAUCAGGAAAUUUAAUAGUUAAUACUCAUAGUAAGGAAAAUAUUGAAAAUACCAAUUGUCAAGAUAAUAAUACAAACAGUACUGUAAGAAGAAGCAAGGCAGAAAGGAAACAGAAACUACAAGUACGCAGUGAUGAUUCGCAAGACAUGUUUGAUCUAUUAACAGACAACAAUGAUGAUCACAAAGAAGAAUUCAUCAGCUCAGGUACUCCAUCGCCUACAUCUGACAUAAAUAAUACAAACUCAUUCAGAGCAGCAAGACGACAAGUUAGGGUCAAAAAAGUAUUUGAUCCAUCGGAUAAUUUGGUAGUAAAAAAGAAAAGAGGAAGACAGCCAAAAAAUGCUUCGAUUGUCCAAGAAAACAGAGAAACUGUUAUCCAACCUCAAAUCAAAGAAUCUUCAAAAGAUAAAUAUUGUCAUUUCUGCAGUAGCGAUAAACCAGAGUCAUUAGUGGAGUGCAAAGAUUGUACAACUAAAGUACAUUUAUCAUGUGCACUACCAUCUAAAAAAAUGAAUAAAAGAGCAUUUAUUGAUUGGCGUUGUGAAAGGUGCAAGAUGUGUGAAAUAUGUCAUGAGACGGCUGAAUCUGGUACUCUAGUAAGUUGUUGUAAAUGUGAUAGUGCAUCUCACAUUAAAUGCCUAUCAGAGAAAAAAGGCUUGAAAGGAUCUAAAUGGAGAUGUCAAGAUUGUAGACCUAAGCAACAAUCAUCGAUACUUGAAAAAGUUUCAAAGAGUUCAGAUUCAUCGGCUCAAGAUUUUACUGAACAUUUCAAAGCAGAAAUAAAAGCAAUAUCAAACGGUCCAAAAGUAUCAACGGCAACUGAUGAAACACCAAAAAUUGACCCUAAUAUACCAGACGUUAGCAAAUGGAAGGUUGACGAAAUUUAUCAUUUCUUUUUCCGUCACUUUCCACUUCAUGCUCAUGUAUUCAAAGAUCAUGAAAUUGAUGGUCCUGCUUUACUUCUGUUAGAAAGGAAAAAAAUACUCGAAAAUUUGAAUCUUCGAUUAGGACCAGCAUUAAAAAUUUAUAAACAGAUAGUUCUCCUACAAGCAAGAUAUGACGAUCACAAGCUUUACUGGCGAUGAAGUAAAUUUGAGCACCACUAUCAUAUUUUAUACGUACAUUGUAAAUUUCAAAUCAGAUAUAGAGUUUAUCAGCUGCGUUAAUUGGUCUUUUCCGUUCGCUAUUGUUUGGCAUCUUGAAAAACACACUGCAAUUUUUAUUUAUUAGUAAAAUUAUGCUCUAAAAUACUCGAAAAAUUGUUGAAAAGUCAUAAAUCUAUUUAUUCGUAUACGUGAUCGUAUGCAUAGUACUCCACACUGAAAAUUAUGUAUCAGUGGCUUUAGUUUUAAUUGUAUAUAGUACAUUUGAUUUCUUUUAUGUUUCGUCGCUCAGUUAAGAACGAAAGUAUGAAACUAUCCUAUAACAACUGUAUUAUAAUACUAAAGAUAGAAUAUAAAUUUAUAAUUGUUUUUUUUAAUCAAUAAAUGUUUCACACUUUUA